AACCUUUUGCAGAAACAGUGCUAUACUGUAUCUGAAAAAAGUAUCACUCUUGAGCUUGGCUGCUGCUACUUUUUACAAAGGCUUUUAGGUAUCUAUUUGUUUGAUACGGGGAAGAGGAAUUAGGGGACUUCAGGUUGUAUUCACGUUCGGAUAUAUCACAUCAGAUAUCCAGAAAACAAGUUUCCUCAGAUCUUGUCUCAAUGGUACCAGACAUUGUAAAAUUACAUUAUGAAAGUAAUUUUAUUUUGCGGUAUGUCAUCGUGCCAGGGUUAAAAGUACAGAUCUUCCAAGUCACAAGUUUAUACGAGGAUUUUAGGAACGAUUCUAUAUAAAAGAAAAUUACAUGCCAUGUUGCCUCCACAGUCCAUCCGCGUUUAUGUUUCUGAUUUGAUUUUCUAUUUCCUGUGUAUUUCUGUAGACAGGCAGAUAUGGCAGUACUGGAAAGGGAACAUUCCCAAGCUGCUACUUGAAGAGGUGUUGAUGCUAUGCUCUUUUCUCCCAAGUCAGUUCCAACCCAAGUUUCCCAACAAAUAGGGCUCCAAAUCAGUGAACUAGCUGUAAUGUACAUGCCAGCAACCUCCAUUUUUACCUAAUGCUUAAAGAUCACAUGGCACAGCUUUCCGUGAUAAAUUUUGAUAAUACUGAAGGUUGGAAAAUUUUCCAACUGUACGAUUACAUUGGAACUAUCAACAUUUUCUCUUAAGUUUUCAUUUUAUGUUAUAUAUUAUUUUCAGUUACUGUAUAUGGCUAGUGCACCCUGUCCUGAUGGGACAGCAACAGCUAUUCUUCUCGUUAUUGUUUGUUCAAAUGGGAUAUUUUGAAUUUAUAAAGUUUAUUUAGGCAUCUUCAAAGAGAAAAACAUGUCUUUUUGUUGUGGGCGUCAAUCUCAUAACAGAAUGACAUUAACUAACUUUUAUAAUUCUUAUGCCUACCUUUUACACCUCCAAACUUUUAAUGGAGUGCAAAAAAACUAUUAACAUUUAUAGCAAAUUUAUUAUGUGCUAGACAUAAUUUUCAUCCUACACCUCAGGAAAUUGAGAUGGAGAGAAGUUAACUUGUCCACAGUCACAAAGUUUAUGACUUACAGAAUCACAGAUCAUACACAGGUCAGGCUGAUUUGAGGGUUUGUUGAUAAUUUCACCCAAUGUUAUUAGAUGAGUUUAUUAAAAGACUUCAAAUAAAAUAUGCAUAUUCAACUGAUUAAUGUUUAAAAACUGUUCAAACAUCUGAAAAUUUAAACAAAUUAUAUUUUUCAUAAAAGGCACAAAACAGUUAUUCUCUAAAGGAAAAAAAGUGAUGGUUUUACUUAGAUCACUACCUAAGGAAGCUCUUCUAGAUUAUAUAUUAUCCAUUUAGAACCUAAUUUACAAAAUGCCUAAAAAUAAUCUGUCUAGGCUAAUAUGGUCUCUGGUGUCAAUGUAACCUCCUUGGGGAAAAUCUGUUUUAGUGGAUAACAUAGCUAUAAAUAUAUCUAAACAUUUUAAAAUACUUUUUUAUUUGCAGAUGGUUAUAUUGCUUGAAUUGAAUUGCAAAGGUUUAUAUUCUCUGUAUUGUUUUGUACCUUGUACCUAAGUUUAUCUUGAAGUUUUAACCAUUUUGGUUCAAGGAGUCCUAAAUUUUGUGAACAAGGAUCUAUGCAAAAACCCCAAAAUCACUAGUCAAAUAAAUUUGGGAAACAUUAAACAGCAUAGUUUUUUUUUGUUGUUGUUGUUUGUUUUUUUUUGUUUUUUUUUUUUUUACUGCAUAACUUGCUGGAGCUUUUGCUGUGGUAGUAUCACUCUCCAAUAUUCCCAAAAUUAUUUGACUAAGGAAAAUGUUGAGAACAAGUGUUCUAAGAAUCAUGUUUAAGGAAAUGGUGUUCCAUUCAUACAGCUUGUCAUUUUUAUAGGCUUUGAUCUGAUUCCUCUUGCUCAGCCUUUGCAUUUCUCUACUGAGAAUGUUGUUCAUUCCUGGUUAUGGUGGCUUCUCUGUCCCUUGAUCACUGCUGUUGUCUUUCUCUGAGUCACCAUGCUUUCUGAUUCGUAGCAAGCCCAAGUUCAGGGUAAUGUUCUGAGGUUUGUUUCCAGGCUUAUCUUGCCUAGUGCCCAGCAUGUUAACCUCUGGGUCAAGGCAACACAGCACAUUGCCUUUCUUCUGAGAAUAUUUUGUAGUAACUCAUAAGAACCCUUUGUACUGAUUCAUAGUAACUCAAAACAUCAUCUCCAAUUUGUUUACCCUCUCUGCCACUGUAAUUAUUUUACUUUAAUAUAGUAUAUCCAAUAUAAAUUUGUUUUCAUUCAAAAGAAAUUUAAACAUUAAUGUGUUGUUGUGAUAGGAUCUAUGAAGUUGAUAUGGUCCUGAAACCCUUAACACUUGGCUUCUAGUUUAAAAAAAAUAUAUUGGCAACAAUUAUGGUUUUUUUUUUUUUUUUUUUUUUGUUUUUGUUUUUGGUGCUCAAAAUCAAGGUUUUAACUUUUUAUUUUGAUAAUAGCAUAUACUGGAUAUUGUUUGUGACUUUUCUUUCCAAAGCUCUGGGGAAGAGAAGCAGAAUGAUUGUUAUCUGGUAUAUGGAAAAAAUGGCUUUAAAAUAUAGAGACUUAUGUAUUUUAGACAAGUCGGAAGGAAGAUGAAAAGUAUAAAGCUUGAAAUGAACAUGGUAUUUGGGGGAAAGUUUAUUUUGAAUACAGUGGUAGUGGUGGUGCUUGCUGGAAUAGGUGACAGAUAGGAUAUAAGAAUUGAAGAAGAAGAAGAAGAAGGAAGAAGAAAUCCAAGAUAAUUUGUAAGUUUUGAGUGUACAGGAUCAGGAGAACUAUUGUCAGGAUUUGGUUAAGGUGAAAGAGUUUCAUCUUUAAUGAGUUUGAAAUGAGGAAGCACAUUCAUGUGAAAACAGCAGCAUACGCCAGGCUCAGAAUCAGAUCUACUCAGGGUAUGGUGGGUGAAACAACUGUGAUGCUCUCAAAUUAUUCACAAAAGUCAAACCAUUCCUUACCUGUAUAAAAGUAUUUUUCUAUUUUCCUUUUUAGGAAAGGAAAACUUAACAUUAUUAAGGAAAAAAUCAGACUCAGAUUGUUAUCCUUGUAAAAGAGGGCUUGGUUUAGUUUAAUUCUUAUUUCUGACUUUUUCCUGUUCCUGCAUCAUAUGAGUUCUGACAUCUGGUUUGCUCUAGACAAUCUCACUCUGAAGGCUCUAACAACCUCCCAAGCUAUGCUACAUUUUCUUUCCCACCUAAUGGCCACCUAAUGUGAAUAGGAGGUCUUUGUUUAGUGGAACAGAUUCCCCAUUGCCCUAUCUUCUCUGAAAAAGGUAGACCUUUACCUUUGAAACUAUGCCACAAUGCUGAGUUAGGACAAAAAGAUUCAUUCGUGCAAAAUGCAUCUCAAAUUAUUGUAAGUUCCUAAAAUGAGAUCCCAGCCUGGGCAGAGGAUUGUUAUGCAAAGAGCUUGUCCUGCCACCCAAAUAUUUUGGGAAUUGUGCUUCCUUUAGAUCUCUCAAAGGGUAGAGGGGCUUUUCUGGCUUGGGAGAUAAAAAUUUAAACCUAUGCCUCAAUGGGAAAAAAAUGGACUCUUGUAACAUCUUGCAGCAUUAUUAAAAUGAAACAAAGAUCUAGAUGGAUAACUAUGAUUUGUUCUCACUCAGCUCUACAUCACCAUGAUCCCUAAAGUCUCUUGCAGCUCAGAAACUCCAUGAAGCUACCCUAAAUAUUUUUUCAAACAUGGAAAUCAUCUAGAAAUCCCCAUAUAAGUAACCUUUUCUAGUGAUCUGAUAAAUAGGUCCUUUGUCCUUAAAUUUUAAAUUCCAGUUUAGAAAUCCAUGCAUGUGGUUCAGAAUCUUACAUUUAUUAAAAUGGAAACUGCUUGGAAGUGGCUUUUACCUAAGGAAUAUGGCAUGCAUAUGUCCAUGUUACUGACUUCCUGCCAAAAUACUGCAUCCUUAGGCACUCUCCUGUGCAUUCUCUAUUGCUUACAUUUUGUCAGACAUUUCUUUGUGAAUGCAAAGAAUAUGAGACCAGUACCUAGCCUCCUGUACUGCUUAUCCUAGGUUUCCACGAAACUCACUUCGAAUUCUUGAGUGCUUUGCAGUCAACAGUUAGCAUUACCUGAGGCUUUGCCUGAAUGUUUCCUCAGUGUCACUUUUAGUCUUGCAGAAAGUUUCAGAUGUCCUUAGUUCUAUUUAGGCUGUGCAAAUAGACAUCUAUGGGGUUUGGUUCUGAUUGAUGGUUCCUAGUCACAGGGCACCUUACUCACUGGUGAGUUAUUCAAACCCCAAAAGUCACACCUGUGUCCUGUGCACGGGUGCUACAGGCUUAGGUGGAGAAAAGCAGGGCUAGAAUUGGAACCCAAAGCCCAGAAUGGCAGGAGAGGAUGUGGGGGCUCCACCCGAUCACCUCUGGGUUCACCAAGAGGGUAUCUACCGCGACGAAUACCAGCGCACAUGGGUGGCCGUUGUGGAAGAGGAGACAAGUUUCCUAAGGGCACGAGUCCAGCAAAUUCAGGUUCCCUUAGGUAAUGCAGCUAGGCCAAGUCAUCUUCUAACCUCCCAGCUACCUCUCAUGUGGCAACUCUACCCAGAGGAGCGCUACAUGGAUAACAACUCUCGCUUGUGGCAGAUACAGCAUCAUUUAAUGGUCAGGGGAGUACAGGAGCUGUUGCUUAAGCUUUUGCCUGAUGAUUAACCCGGUGCUGGGAUUCUAGGAAGAUAUGCUCCUCUAUUCUGUUCAGUAUAUGGCAAUCACUUCAUCCACCACUGCAGUGCACCCACCCUUGGGCCCAGGGGGGAGGGCAUGGGUUGAAAAACUCAUCAAGAACACAGAAGUUUAGGAAGGGUUAUGAAGAAUACUGCAAGUGACACUGCAAAGAGAGGGUUAUACAGGCACAAAAUGAGUCAACAAAAGCAUUUAGUAAGGAUACAUAACUUGAAAUUGACUCCUUUGGAAAUUGCCAUAGAACCUUUAAUGGACAUCAUCGGCUGGAACUGGGAUCUGAUGAAUCCCACAAAAAUCAGCACGUGCUACAGAACAGAUGCCCUGAUCACCAAGGACUUGGUACUGAUUUAGAGAGAAGAGAGCAGCUCCUAGCAGCAUCAACAUCUAUUUGUCGCUUAUUUGCCCUGCAGCACAUUCACCUGCCUUUCCUUCUCCCAUCCUUUUUCUGGAUAUGCCGCAAAAGGAUCCGUGCCAGAAACAAGCCUGUGCAAUACAGAAAUGUUUACAAGGGUCUUGCUGAAUUGCUGAGAGCCUUGCAAGUUGCUGAUGCUGACUUGAACCUGUGAUGCUCUUGCCUCAGCCUCCUGAGCCACUGAGAUUACAGCCAACAACUACAUCGAAUCAAAGUGUCAGGCUGUUAUCGAAGAACUGCGUAAGUGUUGUGCUCGAUAUCCCAAGGGAAGAUCUCUCGUCUGUUCAGGAUUUGAAAAAGAAGAAAACCAGACACUGAAGUCUCCAGCAAAGUAAAGUUCUGCUGAAGAAUUAAUUAAAUGCUGCUCCAUGUUUCUACCAA